AUGGCAUCGACCUACUACUCCGUGCUAGGGGUAACUCCUUCCGCUAGUCCGGACGAAAUCAAGCGGCAGUUCAAAAAACUUGCUGUCAAAUACCAUCCCGAUAAAACAGACGAUGCGAAGCACCAUGAAAUGUUUCUACAGAUCAACAAGGCAUACGAAACACUCAGGGACGACGAAAGCCGAAGAGCGUACGACGUGAAACAUAACAUUUCAGUUGCCUCGGCAUCUCUGACGUCGUACAGUGAUGCCUACAAUAACAACUUUAGGUCUCACCAUGGAUUCUCCUACUACUCCCCAGGAUCAUCAUAUGGCGGUGGCGGAACUUCCUAUUACAGCUUUUUCCAGCACAACUACCGUGCCUACACAGAUGCAGCAAAAAAUCAUUUUGAGAGCCAUGAGCGGCCUACUAAAGCAGAUGAUGCAGCCCUGGCAGCCGCCAAAAUGGCUCAGAAGAAGAUGAGAGAGGAUUUGGAGAGAAGGCGGCAGGAACAGAUGUACGAAGCACAAAGACAGAGACAGGAGCUCGAAAGAAGGGAGCGAGAAAGGCGCAUGCGGGAAAAAGUGGAGGCACAACUACGAGAACAGAAGGAAAGAGUCAGAGAGCAUCAGCGGAUGCGUGAGGAAGAGGACUACCGUCGCAGCAAAACAGACGCCUAUAGGCGGCAAUGGGACAACAUUUACGAGGUCAGUGAAAGCGACGAGGAGGUUUAUGAGGAUGGCCAGUAUGGUGGACAAGACGAGCCUAUCGUUGUGGAAGACGAAGAAGACUCCUCAGAUAACUUUGAGGAUUGCCAGGCAUCGCCACCGAAUGGGGCAGCCAACGACGACAGUACAUUAAAUGGCGAGUCCAAGGUGAAACAGGAACAAGGAAUGCACACUCCGCUGACGGAGCCGGAGGUGGUUGAAAUCGGAUCAAACGAAGGUGAAGGCAAUGGCGCACACAAUGACGCUUACAGUAGAGGCCCAGAAAGCCCGAAGCGUCCCCUUUCGGACGAGCAUUCGGGGAGCGAGGAAGCUGUUCACAAGAAGCAAGCCAAAAACAUCGACAUGUCUGACUUGCGACUGUCCUUGGGCACCUCCAUCGACGACACAAACUUCAAGGACAUGCUCGAUUCACUUCCUCGUUCUUUUGGAACUUCCACAAGCAAUGGGCCCCCAAGUCCUGGAAAGACAAGAAAGUCGAGCUCCACCAUCCACAGAAUGCCCAAUAAGCGCACCAAGUUUGGAGGAAACACCCACAACGAAGGCUACAGCGAUGGUACCACGCGGGCUGAGACACUCCAUACGCCUGUUAACAAGGCGCCUAGUCGCCGAAACAACUCCAUCACCGUGACCGACCUAUCGCCUGAUUUCGACGAAAGGAGGCUCAUGUUCACCACUCAGCCACCCACAAUCCGCGUAACUCCAGACCUCUCGACAGAGCAGUGGCUUCAAUACACUAGAGGCAUCCACGAGUACGAAAGAGGAUUCGCAGCCUUCCGCAGUGCCGUUCUCGAGCAUCAACAGCUAAGAUUGCAGAAGGACGAGCGCCACCACGACACGAUUUACGACGACACAUCCUGUUUGGAUGCAUUUCUGAGCAGCUUGUUCAACGACAUGCUUAUACUUCAGAACUACGGCCGUGCUCUCCUGGAGUUCAGAGAUGUGGUGAAGAUGUUCCACAAGAACUGUGAACUCAAACGGGAAAUCGAGGCCCGGGAGAACACACGUAUAUAG